CUUUCUCUUCUCCAAAAUUCUUUUAAUUGUCCUUUUAUUCAUUUUCUACUUUCAAUUCACAACUAAAAAUUUCCUUUUUUCUUUUUUCUUUUUUUAUUUUUUAAGCGAAACUAAAUAUUCAGUUUAUAUAAAUAUUCAUAAAAUUAAGUUGUGAUUUAUAUACGAAGAAUGAAGGAGAGUGGUAGAAAACAAGGUGCACUGUCGCCAUGCGCGGCGUGCAAGCUUCUCCGGCGAAGAUGUUCUCAGGACUGUGUUUUUGCUCCUUAUUUUCCAGCCGAUGAGCCGCAGAAGUUCGCCAGUGUGCAUAAGGUAUUUGGAGCCAGCAAUGUGAACAAAAUGUUACAGGAGUUGCCAGAGCAUCAGCGAAGUGAUGCAGUGAGUUCGAUGGUGUACGAGGCAAAUGCUAGGGUACGUGACCCAGUUUAUGGGUGUGUAGGGGCUAUAUCAUCCUUGCAACAACAGAUAGAUUCUCUUCAAACCCAGUUGGCCAUUGCACAAGCUGAGGUUGUACACAUGAGAAUGAGCCAAUAUGGUUCAUCUUCAACUCCAAGCAGCCUGGACAUGGUGGUUGAUCAAGCCAAUGUAGGAGAGUCGCUUUGGUCAUGCUAGCUACACUUUAUUAAUUAUUACUAUAUACUAGUUAUUGAUGGGCUUGCUUUAUUAAUGUCUCCCUCUUUUUAUACAUUUUUGCUUCUUUUUUACUUUUUAGUCUUUUAUAGUGCGUCUCUCUACUUGACCAAGAGAUGAUGAUUAUUAUUAAUUAACCAUAUUGUAUAUAUUUCUAAACAUAUAUAAUUAUGAGGUAUGAUAUAUGUUGUACACCGAAUUGUUGA